CAUUAUCUAUCUACUGUUCUUGCAAGCUAGUGCUGCAUAUUACUGCAACUUAAUUAUGUUCUUUAGACUUAUUCUGUACAUAGGACCUGCUAAACUUGUUGGUCGCUUAACUACGAAGUUACUCUAACGUUAGAUAUGAUGACCGAAUAGCCUAUAACAUUUCCUACUCACUUCACCAACAGCACCACAAAUUAUCUGCAUUAUCAUACACUUGAUCAACAAAUAAAGUAGGCGUCAUAAGUGGGAGCAGUUUUCGUUCAAAAUAUUUCCUGUUUGAUGUCCCCAUUGCUUCAUCGAAGAAAUAUCCAAACGCACCCAGUGUCGCUAUACCCCCUGUCCCACACUACUCCCGGCGACAUCCGGUCAUACCUCAUCCCUGAGGGCGAUGUCAGUGACAUGGACCAGUGGACUGCUGUUGAGUGUAAUCAGUUAUUGCACGUCACUCGGUGAUGAAUGUGUGCUUGGGAUAGUUGGAGAAUCUGCCAUCCUGCCAUGUGUCUACAGUGGAGCAGAGGAACUGGCCUCAGUGGAUAUUUCCAUUGAAUGGAGACUAGGGAGUGAUGUGGUGCACAGGUCAGAAUCAGGGGAGGGAAGUGAGAGGACACAGAUAAUGUCAUACAGCAAUAGGACACGGCUCUCCGCAGCUGCUCUGCAGACUGGAGACUUUUCCCUGCAGCUUUCUGAUGUAAUUAGGGAAGAUGAACAGAGCUAUGACUGCUACAUCAGCCACCCUGGCCUGGAGUCCAGCACUCCCAUCUGCACUGUGUGCCUCAGAGUUGCAGCUCAUUUUAGCUCUCCAGUGUUACUGAAUGAAGUGAGAGAGGGAGAGGAGGCUCGCUUCACCUGUCACUCUAGCGGAGGGUUCCCCGAACCCGCUGUCCACUGGUUCCUUGAUCAAACGGAGCAACACGCUUUGGAUUCAGCACACACACAGAGCACUCUGAUCCCUGACUCUGGGCUCUACGAUGUAACCAGCGUCCUAUUGGUCAAUGUCACCCAGGACACCACCGUGUCAUGUGCAAUAGAAAACCUCCUCCUCAAUGAGACUCUGGAAUCUUUAAGUUAUGGAGUUGAGGCGAGUCCGGUGGUGGGCCGGGCGUCCCAGGCCAUGUGGAUGUUCAGCACCACCCUGUGUGUACUUGUGGCGGUUCUGGUGGCCUCAGCUGUGGUGUACCAGAUCAAAGAGGACUAUGAUCGAAAGAGGAACUCAAACUUACACCAAGUGGUGCUAGAAGAAGACGAGACCAAGCAUUCGAUGUUGGACAUGGAACGGCUGGACUCUUUGACUGAGACCAAUGUGUAACAGUGUGGAGCAGCAGGCCUUGGAUGGACAGGGUAGCGUGGGACUGAACUUGGGGGAGAGCUUAGUGCUGCUGGGGGGCUCUGCAGCACUGCACUCAAUAUCCACACAUCUAGAACAAUAAAACUUAGCCUAAGACACAACCACACAGCUUAAACUCUUAAACGGAUCAAAAUAGUCACAUGUAAAUGCAUACAGCACACAUACCCACACAGCUUAAACUCUGAAAUCCAUCUAUGUAGUGGCACUGAGGAUAGGGGGUGCAACGCCGCUGAUCCCACAGUUACUAAGCAGCUAGCCAUUUCAUGCUGUUGCCCCCUAAGCUGAUGACUAAUUUGGACCACCUUCCUAUGGACUUUCAAUGGACAAAGGGAAAAAAUACUGUUGUAUGGGAAGGAAUGAAUACAAUUCCCAGGGACAUUGACCCUGCUUUCAAAUUCAAAACUACACUCAGAUGCA